AUGGACCUGUCUUCACCACCCCUGACCCUUCACAUCAGUCUGCCGCUGAGGACACACCCCCUGACGACAGAGCCCCUCUCUAUAAUCCUCCCCAACCGCUGGCCACGCCCCCAUCUGUCAGGAUCAGGAAGGCAUCUAAAGCCCUACAGACUGAGGAAGAGCAGGAGGAAGCACAGCCACAGGCUGCUGGAGAGGGAGCUGCAGGUGUGGAGGGUAGCGGUCCAAUCGGAGCAGGGCUCGCUGGAGGACCGCUGCUGUGAGAUGGAGGCCAACAUGGAGACUCUGAGACGACACAACCUCAGACUGCAGGACAUGCUCUCACAGGCUCUAAGCAUGUCAGGGACACAUGCUGAUGUCAUGCCACAUGCUGAUGUCAUGCCACAUGCUAACUACAGGCCAGAGAGAGACAUAGCCUCUCCUGUAGAGUCCCAGAGCUCUGCAUCGUCCUCUGGAUCGAGAGAAAGAGAGAGAGAAGGGGAGGAGAAGGAGAGGGAAGAAGAGGAGGAGGAGAGGGAAGAGGAGGAAGAAUGUUACACAGAGAAGAUGCAGAGGGAUGAGAUGAAGACAGAAGAACAGAGAGGUGAUGAUGAUGAUGAGGAGCAGACUCAUACUCCCACAAUGCACGGGAGAAUUACCUCUAACCCACAGCCCUGUGAUGGGCAGGUCACUGGGCCGAUGAAAGACCAGCGUGUCUCUGAAGAGGAGUAUUCCUGGGAUGUGUAG